AUGAUCGGCUUGGGCUGGUUACCUGCGGGCUCCCAUGUUGAAUCCGAUUGGAUCCAAUCGGGUCCGAUUCCAGUAACAUAUAGGUUUUUACGCUUACAGGCUCGGUUAGAACAAAUCAAAGAUAAUAAAUCGGGUGAACAAUUGAUGAACAACGGAAACGACAAUGAAAUGGCGAAGGCUGUUUCAAAAUUUUAUUCGAAUGGUUUGUUGCAAGGUAAGCGGCAAAUACAGUAA